CUACAUUCGGCUAGGCACGAUUUCCUCGCGCUCGAAUGCAAUUCCGCGUAGAGAUGGCUUUUUCAGAACGAAUAUAUAUCAAAUGUUAUGGAUGUAAUCUCUGCGACAUUUUUUACUUUAAUGCAGCUGGAAAUGGAAUGUCUUCGCUCAUUCACUGACUACACAGCCUGUUCAAAAGAGGAAAUGGAUGAUGUUGAGACGAGUUGGGUAUCCCAUAUCCUUUCCAUGGGAAGUGCCGAUGACCAAGACCUUGUUGGCAAUAGUAAAAAUACAAUGACGUGCAUUCUUGUGUUGUCACUGCAACUUGCCGCAGCGUAUCUGGUUGUGCAUUGUGCUGUGACUUCAAAUGACACAAAGUUCUUCAACUGUGGGGACAUAAUUGUGAUCGCUUGUAAGGCAGCAUCAUGUACUGGUCCCAUCUCUUUGCGUCGCAAUCGAGAAUCAUCUUUGGAUUGUGUGCCAAACCAGCCCUGUUUAGAAAGCGCAACAAGAUACAAUCGAAGUUGCCAACUAGAUGAAUGGAAAUUCUCUAAGGUAGCAGAUAUACUGGAUGAUGGAGUCCGCCAUAUAUGUACAGAUUUGAAGACUGAAGAUACAGUCAUAUUGACAUCUGUAAUCAACAAUCAGUCUUGCAGUUCUACUGAAAAAGAUCAAAAAGUUACAGAAAAUAAAAGUGUGUGGCUAUUCAUACCCAUUGGUUAUUUUGUUGGGGUUCUAUUAGCCCUAAGUGUUACAUGGUGGUGUUUGACCUGCAAGCAGAACUGUUUACAUUCAUUGCCCCUCUGGAUUUUGUGGAUAUUGCUGUUUCUGGUACUCCUGUCCCCUCUCCAUUUGCUGAUAAUCAUAUGGCUUCUUUUUCGCGGAGCAAGCAUUGCUACAGACACUUUGAGGCAGUUUAUGAAAUUAUCUGCUAAUAAAGAUAAAUUGAAUUCCGAUCAAAGGAAAGAUGUGGUGUACAUAUUACUUCAUAUGUUUUGGACAUUUGGAGUUGUUCUGUUUGUGACUCGUUUUGCUGACAAAGAUGGUUGCCUCUCUACACCUGUGCAACUAUUUACCGGUAGAUCUCCAGUUCAAGGGCACUGCCAAGACUAUACUGGGGUAAAGACUGACAAUCAACUGGACACUGAAAUUAAUGGUGGAAGUUCAGCAUUGCCUGAUCAUGUUGGAAGUGACUACCCAUGAUGAAUUGGAAUGGAACAGCUGAAGAGGAGUGCAAGACUAAUGUAUAGCUAUUAGAAUUGGUUUUUUAAUAUGAAAAAGACAUUUCUGAUGUUUACCAAGCUGUUAUGUAUAUUAUUAUGUCCCCCAUUCGAAGAUGAGGGGGGUAUAUUGUUUUGCUGAUGUCGGUCGGUCUGUCUGUCUGUCGGUAGACCAGUUCGUUUGCGAGCAAUAACUUGUCAACGAAUUGACCGCUUGUCUUGAUACUUCCCAUGUGCAUUGGCCUUGGACAGUAGAUUACCUCUAUUGAAAUUGGAGUCACUUGGUCAAAGGUCAAGGUCACUGUCCCAAUAAGUGUGAAAUCGUUUCCGAGCAAUAACUCAUCAAUGAAUUAACCGAUUGGAUUGAUACUUCCCAUGUGCAUUUGCCUUGGAUAGUAGAUGAGCCCUAUUGAAUUUGGGGUCACUUGGUCAAAUGUCAAGGUCACUGUCACAAUUAGUGUGAAAACGAUUUCCGAUUAAUAAUCUGUCAACAAAUCGACAGAUUGUCUUUUUAUUUCACAUGUGCAUUGGACUUGGACAGUAGAUGACCCCUAUUGAAAUUGGGGUCAUUAGGUCAAAGGUCAUGGUCACUGUCAAAAUAGGUGGGAAAAUCAUUUCUUAUGAAUAACUCAUCAAAGAAUCAACCAAUUGGCUUGAUACUUCCCAUGUGGAUCACAGGCAGCAGUAUCAUAAAUUUGCCACCCCCGACUCCCCCCCUCCCCCCGAGCUUACCCCAGGAGUUCCAGAUUGUUAAAUGUACACCUAUGGUGUAUUGUUUGGCUUUUCAACAACAAAUGUUGACACGAAUACCCCUCGUAUACGUAUUAUAUAUACACAAGGUAUAUACACAUGUUUCAAUUCAGUUGCCAAACAAAUGCAACAAUUCAGUUGCCAAACAAAUGCAAUUGCAUUUGUUAAAAGACAUUAAAAGCAACGUGAUUACAAAACUUACCCAUCUCCUGUUUGGCUAAUAACUUCAAUAUUCAUUUAACUUUCGGUGUGUGGAAACGUGUGUUCUUGAUGAAAACGGUCAGGUCCCAUGUUUCACAAUCUUUAUGCAAUAGGCAUAUAGUGCGUUUCAUACCUUGUGUAUAUAUAAUACCUAUACGAGGGGUAUUUGUUAAAACUGUGUAUUUGUGUCAAUAUUCGUUGUACAUUUAACAAU